AUGGAGUUGCUGCCUCUUUGGCUCUGCCUGGGUUUUCCCUUCCUGACCAUGGACUGGGGGACCAGAAGUGGAAUGGCCGCAGCAGCUUCUGCAGGGCCCUGCAGACUGGUGGGUAGAGUCGCCGACUGCCGCCAACAGCGCCUUGCUUUGGUGCCCAGCAAUCUCUCACCGUACGCUCAAACGCUCAUCCUGGAUGCCAACCCUCUCAAGAUCCUAUGGAACGAUUCCCUGCAGCCCUACCCUCACCUGGAGAGCCUCAAUCUGCACAGCUGUCACCUGGCACACAUCCACCGGGGCGCCUUCCAGGGGCAAAGCCACCUGCGCAGCCUGGCUCUGGCUGACAAUGCUCUCUCAGAGAACUACAGGGAGACGGCAGCGGCUUUCCACUCCCUCCCGGGUCUGCGGAGGCUGGACUUGUCGGAGAACUCCCUGACGGAAGACAUGGUGGCCCUCAUGCUCCAGAACCUUUCCUCGCUGGAGUCGGUCUCCCUGGCAAGGAACACCAUCAUGCGGCUAGACGACUCCGUCUUUGAGGGCCUGGGGCGCCUCCGGGAGCUGGAUUUGCAGAGGAACUACAUCUUUGAGAUUGAGGGUGGUGCUUUUGAUGGUUUGCCUGUGCUUAGACAGCUCAACCUGGCCUAUAAUAACCUGCCUUGCGUUGUGGACUUUGGCCUCACCCAGCUGCAGGUCCUCAACGUCAGCUACAAUGCCCUGGAGUGGUUUCUGGCUUCGGGGGGAGAAGCCGCCUUUGAGCUGGAGACGCUGGACCUUUCCCACAACCAGCUGCUCUUUUUCCCUCUCCUGCCCCAGUGCAGCAAGCUGCACACCCUCCUGCUGCGGGACAACAACAUGGGCUUCUACAAGGACCUGUACAACACCUCGUCGCCGAAGGAGAUGGUGGCCCAGUUCCUCCUGGUGGAUGGCAACGUGACCAACAUCACCACAGUCAACCUCUGGGAAGAGUUUGCUUCCAGCGACCUCUCAGAGCUCCGCUUUCUAGACAUGAGCCAGAACCAGUUCCAGUAUCUGCCAGAUGGCUUCCUGAGGAAAAUGCCUUCUCUGUCCCACCUGAACCUCAACCAGAAUUGCCUGAGGCGGCUCCACAUCCGGGAGCACGAGCCCCCAGGAGUGCUCACCGAGCUGGACCUGAGCCAGAACCAGCUGUCCGAGCUGCAGUGGGCUCCGGAGCUCCGGGGCUGCCUACGGAGUCUCCAGGUAUUCAACCUGAGCUCCAACCAGCUCCUGGGGGUCCCGCCUGGCCUUCUGGCUGACGCCAGUAACAUCACUACAAUUGACGUGAGCCACAACCAGAUCACACUCUGUCCCCCGCCAGGUCACCCGGGCCCUGCGGGCACCGCCAGCUGUGUCGAUUUCAGGAAUAUGGCAUCUUUGAGGAGCCUCUCUUUGGAGGGCUGUGGGUUGGGCACCCUACAAGACUGUUCAUUCCAGGGGACCUCUCUCACUCACUUAGAUCUGUCCAGUAACUGGGGGGUUCUGAAUGCCAGUCUCGCCCCUCUCCAGGACAUUGCCCCCACAUUACAGGCCCUGUCUCUCAGGGACGUGGGCCUUCGUUCCAGCUUCACAGAGCUGGACUUCUCUGCAUUUGGGAAGCUGAGGGACUUGGAUCUGUCAGGAAAUGCCUUGACUCGGUUCCCCAGGUUUGGAGGCAGCCUGGCCCUGCAGAGCCUGGAUCUCCGCAGGAACUCCCUCACAGCCCUUCCGCAGAGGGCUGCGACCGAGCAGCUUGUGAGGAGCCUGCGGACCCUCUACCUCAGUCAGAAUCCCUAUGACUGCUGCGGGGUGGAGGGCUGGAAGGCCCUGCAGCGCCUGCAGACUCCGCGCAUCCCCGACUUGGCCAUGGUCACCUGCAACCUGUCCUCCAAGAUAAUCCGCCUGGUGGACCUGCCCCGAGAGGUGCCCCAGGACUGUCAGUGGGCGCAGGUGGACAUGGGCCUGCUGUAUCUCGUGCUCAUUCUCCCCAGCUGCCUCACCCUGCUGGUGGCCUGUACCGUCAUCUUCCUCACUUUUAAGAAGCCUCUGCUUCAGGUCAUCAAGAGCCGCUGCCACUGGUCCUCCAUAUACUGACCCUGGCCGCCUGCCUGCGCUUGUAAGACAAGCUCUUCGGCUGCGUGUCAGGACCCAGCGCAGAGGCCAACUCUGAUGAACUAGAGGUUCAAAGUCUUUCCCUCUCUCAGUCCUUCUCAGUUCUUCCUUCAUCAUCCUCAUUCAUCAGCAUCACCAUCCUGGUACACUAUUUAUUAAGUAACAUUCGAUGAAAAUAAAAGACAGGGCGUCUCAAAUAUUUUUCUAAUCAAAUGA